GUGGUCAUAAUACCCCCCCAAUAAUUUGUUUUUAACUUUUCAGUUGGCCAUUUUACAUUUAUGAAAAUCUCAAUACUCAAUAUUGAGUACAUAAUGGCCAACUGAUAAUUAAUUGUACCUAUACGGCUACACGAUUAUGAUUUUGAUGUUGACUAGAAUUAAGCUUAUUAGUAUGCCUACUAAUAAUAUAUUCUACUAACUCUGGACUAGAAUAUUAUCAAUUACCACAGAACAAACCUAUAUUAUCUAUAGGCUAUUAUUGGAAAAAUAAGCUAUAAAUUGUUAUCAGUGCGUCAGUAAUAAUAAUAGGGAUAUAAAGUGGUGAGAGCCGAGGGAGAUUAUAAAUCCCAAUGUUAGUGGUACCAGUUGCUAUAAAUAGACAACCGAACGUGUUUGACUUGAUUUCUUCUAUGGCAUCUAAUUUGUUAUUGUUAAUUGUUAUAUGUAUGUAAUAUUGUGAUCAGUACAGCAGUCUAGCGGCAACCACUAUUAUUUACAAAAAUUAUAGGUUACGUUAUGCUUUAUUUAUUUAAUAUAAUAAUAUCGUUUAAUUUAAUGUGCGUGAUUUUUGAUUGAUGAAUACAAUUGUAUAACAGCCAUUAACAGAUAUGGGGAAAAGGAGAAAAGUCCAAUGUGAGUCAUGUGGAAGCAUUUUUAAUAAUGACUUUCAAAAAAAGCAUGAAAAUGCUCUUCAUGGUGGAAAACGAGUGAAAAUAAAAGUACCUGGAGCUCCUGCUAAUCCAUUUGUUGCAUCCAUGAGUUCUAAUAUGAAAUCAAAUGUAUUAGAAAAUGUUAAUUCGGAACUUGCAAGUACAACUAAUGUUCUAAUAGAUAAAAAUGAUGUGUCAACUGUUGCUAGUAUUAAUGUGAAUGACGUUAGCCACGACAUCAGCAAUGGCCAACAUAUAAACUUAUUAGAGAAUGUUAAUCUAAAAUGUCUUCCAUCAACAACUUCUGAAAGUAAAAAUAGUAAAACUAAUGAUUUAACAAAUAGUGUAUUGAAUUGUGCUGGACAAUUCAGAUACCUUUUUGAUUAUAUAAAACUAUGCAAACCUAUUAUUCACAAUUUUCAAGAAUCUGAAGUAUUAAAUGCUUACAAAAUAGUAGUUGAAAUAAAAGAAGCUAUAGAUAAUAUUAUAAAAAUUUCAAAUUCUGUACUAGAAAAAUGUAAUGAUGUAACAACACAACUUGAGAGUCAAUCUGGGAAUGCAUCUGAAGUAGAAGUGAUUGAUAGUGUAGUUGAACAUGAUCCAGGAAAAAGGACAAACAUUAUUUCUGAUAAUCAACGUCAGUAUUUAGUAAUGUUGGGGCCUCAUCAACCAAAGUUGAAUGUUUAUCCACGAACAGCAAAAUAUAGUUUUAAAUAUUCAUGGUUUGAAGAAUUCCCACAUUUAGAGUAUAGCAUAGUUAAGGAUGCAGCGUUCUGUUAUGUUUGCUAUCUUUUUCCUCGUGGCGUUGGAAGGGAAAAAAGUGAAAAUAACUGGACUGUUAUAGGAGUGAAAAAUUGGAAAAAAAUGAAAGGUAAUAAUGGGACAAACAAUGUUGGAAAGUUAAAAAAACAUUUUGGUUCUGAAACACAUAAGGCGGCACUUUAUGAGUUUUGUCAUUUUAUGAACAAAAAUAAUCAUAUUGACAUAAUGCUUGAUAAAAAUAAAAGACAAAAAAUUAUUCAAGAAGAACGAGACCGUGCUUUUCACACUGAAGUAAUAUCUAUUUUACUUGAUGUUGCCAAAACUCUCGGUAGACAAAAUUUAGCAUUUAGAGGUCACGCUAAUGAUGAAAAUGGAAAUUUCAAACAAAUAAUAUAUCUUAUAUCUAGACAUUGUCCAUUAUUGAGAGAGUGGUUAGAUUCUUCUAGAUUUAGACCAUAUCAUACCAAUUAUAUGAGUCCCAAAUCUCAAAAUGAGUUUAUAAAUAUUUUAGGAAGUUCAAUAAAAAGCAGUAUUUCAAAAAAAGUUAAUGACGCUAGGCAAUUUGCAGUGAUGGCAGAUACAACACCAGACUUAUCGCACAAAGAUAUUUUAUCUGUUGUAGUCCGCUUUGUUAAUGACAAAGGAAAACCAGAAGAAAGGUUGCUUGAAGUUCGUGAAAUUGUAGACAAGACCGGAAAAGGAAUGGCUAAUGAAAUCUUAGAUACAUUACGUACUAAUAAUUUAGAUCUUCAAAAUUUAGUUUUUCAGUCAUAUGAUUUUGCAAAUAAUAUGUCUGGUCAAUUUAAUGGUGCUCAACAAAAAAUAUCUGAAGCUAUUGGACGUAAAAUUCCAUAUAUUCCUUGUAAUGCCCAUAGAAUCAAUACUUUUAUUGAGCAUGCGUGUGAUUCCAGUUUAAUAGUAUCUGACUUAUUUUCAAUAGUUCAAGAACUAUAUGUUUUUUUUUCAUCAAGUACAAAACGAUAUGGACCUCUAUUGAACAAACUAAAUGAAAUAGAAAAUUCUCUUAAAUUGAGAAAUUUAUCACAAACAAGGUGGACAGCACGUGCUGAAGCUUUAAAAUCAUUAUGGACAUCAUAUCCAAUUAUUAUUGAUAAUAUUAUGUAUAAACUAAAACUGUUAACUGAAUGUCUUGAAUCAGUUGAAUUAAACAUAACAGAUGCUACUUUAUUUAUUUCAAGUACUCUAAAAUCAUUAGAUAUUAUAAAUUCUGAUUCUGAAAAUAUGGAUAACCUUAUCCAAAGUGCUGUAGUUUUUUUGAAAAAAUAUGAAGUUGAUGCAGAAAAAGAAUUUUCUGUACGACACCGUCGUCGAAUUGCACCAAAAAAUUUGGACAGUAAUAGAAGUAAUGCUUCUGAAUUUUCCUUUCACUCAUUUUAUAGAAAAGAGUUUAAAAUGGUCUUAGAUAAAUUGAAUGGUUUAAUAAAAGAUCAUCUUGAGAAAUCUAUAAAUGAUAUUAAGCCAUUAUACAGUAUGUUUAAACCACCAUUUUCAAAAGAAUUGUUGACGGAAACUCUUAUUCAAGAUGCAAUACAAUUUUUACCAAAUAAUGUUGAAAUUGAUCCAUUAACAGUGCAGUGUGAACUGGAAGUGCUCUAUGAUCAAUGUCAAAAUAAAAGCACUAUGAGUGACCUAGCAAUAGUUUCUCAUGAAUUGAAAACUGCUUUGCCGUUGGCCAAUCUAUUAUGUCGCUUAUCAUGUACAGCACCUGUAACCGUUGCUGGCAAUGAAAGGUCAUUUAGCAAAUUGAAAACAGUCAAAAACUAUUUAAGAACAACCCAAGAAGACUCUAGAUUAAAUAAUUUGAUGUUGCUUUCUUCUGAAAAAGAUUUAGUAGAUAAAAUUUCUUUAAAUGAAAUGGCUCAAAAAUGGUUUAAUGAUGAAAUGGCUCCAACAAAAUAA